AUGGUUAAAGUCACCAUUACGUGUGUGUUGAUUUCUCUUGCAUGCAUGACCAUUCUGUUUAUGUGGUAUAUCACUACUGCAUACGAUCUAAAGACACACACGGAAUUUUCUAUUGUCUCUCCUAGUAAUUCUACAGUGACCAAACCAUUGAAAUCACAUGCAAAUUUGCUCGAUUUGGACGUCAAAAGAAGCCAAGAGAAGCUGUUCAGAGAAAGGAAGAAACAUUUGACUGAGAGAUGUAAUAGCCCACAAGUAUCAUCUUAUUUGACAGCUAACCGACCUGUCACAAAAGCAUUCUUUUAUUCAUCAGAGGCAAAACUCGUUGUGUGUAAAGUCCCAAAGAUCGGAAGUACUUUCUGGGCGCGUAUCUUCAAUGCGUUGGAAGGCGAAAUCUCCGUCCGGAAAGCCUUUUUGCUCGAUCGAUACGAAGUGCAUGAUGGGAAAUACGAAAUAGGAUUUGUAUUUUCUAAAGAGGCUAAAAAACGUGGAUCGAAAAUAGGAGUUGUUUCUAGGAACCCUUACUCAAGACUAUUUUCGGCAUAUAUUGAUAAGAUAUAUCUACUGAGUGACUUGAAUCAGAAAUUUGGUCGGCGUCUGAAGAAAGGUUUAGAGGAUGCUGGAGAUGGUAAAUGUGGGUUUUCAGUCACUUUUCAAGACUUUCUUGAAACGUUGUUGAAUUCAGCUCAUGAUGGAGGGCAGUUUGAUGAUCAUUACGCUCCAGUCACAAGACUGUGUAACCCAUGUCAUCUAAACAUAGACUACGUCAUCAAACAGGAAACGAUGUCAUCAGACGCUGAAUUCGUAUUGGACAUUGUUAAAAAGGAGAGAAACAUCAGCCAUAUUGAGGAUAUAAAAAUGUUGAUUCGUCACAUGGAUAUGCGUCAAGAACUGCGACAGCUAAUUAAGACUAUACUCAAAGAUCGAAAGAAGUUUAUAGUGGAAUGUCCAGAAAUAUCGUCAUUGAUGCAGAAAGUUUGGACAGUCCUACAAUUCCAAGGAAUUAUUCAUUACGAUUCGGAAUAUCCCAUACAAACAUUUCGUGACAUAAAGAAAUCCAAGAGUUACGAAAACGAAAUAAUUACUAUUAUCAUGAGAGAAAUUGAAAGAAAACCAGUCAGUUUGACCCAAAGAAAGUACCAAAGACAGGACGCUGUCAUGCACGCUUUCCGAGGGGUGACCGAGUACAACAUCGGUCGAAUAAAGAUGUUGUAUAAACUCGACUUCCUGCUGUUUGGAUACGAUCUAGAACCACCUUUAUGA